UGUGCGCCGAAAAAGCCUGACAACACAACACCACACCCAAGAAUGCGCAACCACAACAACAAACAACCACAUCAACACGGAUGGCGCUGCUGCCACCGGUCGAGCGAUGUGCUUCAUUAUUCAUUGUGGUGGAGAAGCAGACACACUGAAGGAGCACAAGCACAGCGCAGCGACACGCAACAGACACAGAUCAUACGUUGCAGGCACCUACAAUACACACACACUUCCAUUAUGCCGAAGACGUGGCUCACUAUCCAAUGCGGCACCUUUCAGCGCUGGGCAAACUGGCACUUGGAAGACCGCGGCUUGUUUGUGCACGACAUUAUCAAGGGCUUCCGCGAUGGUGUCACUUUGGCCAACCUCAUUGAGCUCUUGUCAGGGGAGGCUGUGAAGCACUAUCCCCAGCCGCACGAUCUGGAAGAGUGCGAGUACAACAUCCGCUCGUGCUUGCGGUUCCUCAAGGACCAUGACGCCCUCUACUUCAAGAUGGAGGCCACACACAUCAUGGAAGCAGAUGCGCCCGUCGUCCUCUCCCUCAUCUGGAGCCUCAUCCUCAAGUACAAACUGCUUGGUCGGUGGGAGUCGUGGGAGGAGCUCAUGUCAUGGGUCAACUCUCACAUUGGCAAGGACUCCCCCUUCAACUUGCACACGAAGAACUUCACCACAGACUGGAACGACGGCCACCGCGUGUGCGCUCUCAUUGAGGCCAUGAAGCCAGGCACCAUUGACGACUUUGAGACGCUGGACGACUACGACGAGUAUGCGUGUGCAGAGUAUGGCAUCAGCGUCGCAUCUGAAGAACUCGACAUUCCUCCCCUCCUCACACCAGAGGACAUGGUCUCUCCGAACCUCGACGAGCUCAGCACCAUCACCUACCUGACCAUGUUCCGGGAAGUGAUGGAGAGCAAAGUGGCGGGCGUGCCUGUUGAUCCUGGCGCGCGUUUCGACAAUGCCCAGACCAACGGGCUCAUCUGGGACGACGACGCCGUCACCGUGAACCUGCAUGGCGCCAUCCUCGACUAUGAGAGCGAUUCUGAGGAUGAAGUGCCCGCACACAGGCCCUCAGUGCCCGCCAUCAACACAGAGAGCAUCGAGCACACACUGCGGCAGGCCCUGGACCGCGUGCCGCCGGCAAUACAGGAAGAAGAUGAGGUCAGCAGCAGUGGGAGCGAGAGCGAGAGCGAGAGCGAGAGCGAAACGGAGACCGAGGCAGAAGUUGAAGAAGAGAAGGAGGAGGAUGUCGGCGAGGCGUUGGCCAUGCCGGAGAUGCCACAGGGACUGGAGGUACGCGUACGCAAUGGGCCCGUGAGUGCCAUCACGCUUGAGGACCUGGGCCGGUGUGAUCGAGGCAUGUCCUUCAUUCCCGAUCAAGGAUUUCCACCGGGCGUGUAUGAGAUUGAUGUCUUGUGGCGAGGAGAGCCAGUUCAAGGCAGCCCUUUCACCGUCGCCUCAGACGACACCUAACCGAGUGCAAAGAGAAGAGAGAGAGUGUGUGUGUGUACGUGUGUGUGUGUGUGCGUGUGUGUGUUUAUGUGCGUGUGUGUGUGUGUGUCGAGGGGGUGACGAGGAAGUGCACGCAAGCGGUUGUGUGCGUGUGCGCAAAGGUAGUUGUCAUCAUGUUGUUUUGAUCGCUUGUGCUUGGUGCAGAAAGAGGAAAGAACACGUUAUUGUACACAAUCUGCCUUACAUUACACAUUACAGACUGAGGACUGUGA